AUGGCCUUCAGGGCAAAGGUGGAUGUGAGGAUGACUGGCCCCUGGCUCUGCCUGCACAGGGCACGGACACUGGGCAGCAGAGCCGCUCUGGCACCCAAGGCAGUGCGGCCCUUUGAAGCCAUUCCCCAGCAUCCUGGCAACAAGUAUCUGAGGCUGCUGCAGAUCUGGAAGGAGCGCGGCCGUGAGAACUUUCACCUGGAGACGCAUCAGACCUUCCAGGAGCUGGGGCCCAUUUUCAGAGAUGACAUGGGAGGAACACGAAGGGUGGUCGUGAAGCUGCCGGAGGACGUGGAGAGGCUGCAGCAGGUGGAAGGCCUGCACCCUCGCCGGAAUGUUCCGGAACCAUGGCUGGCCUACAGACAGCAUCAUGGGCACACAUGUGGCGUGUUCUUGCUGAAUGGGCCGGAAUGGCGCUCCGACCGACUGCGGGUGAACCCAGAUGUGCUGUCACCACAAGCCGUCCAGAAGUACAUCCCCAUGCUGGAUGUGGUGGCAAGGGACUUCUCAAUGGCCCUGAAGAAGAAGGUGCUACAGAAUGCCCGGAGGAGCCUGACCCUGGACAUCCAGCCCAGUAUCUUCUACUACACUGUAGAAGCCGGCAACUUAGCUCUUUUUGGAGAGCGGUUGGACCUCUUUGGCCAUAAUCCAAGCUCUGCCAGCCUGAACUUCAUCCACGCCCUGAGGGCCAUGCUCAGAUCCACCGUACAGCUCAUGUUCAUGCCCAGGAGCCUGUCCCGCUGGACUUGCAGCAAGGUGUGGAAGGAGCACUUUGAGGCCUGGGACUACAUCUUCCAGUAUGCCAGCAAUUGCAUCCAGAAAAUCUAUCAGGAGCUGAAGGUCAAUAGCCCUGAGCACUACAGCGGCAUCGUGGCAGAACUGCUGUUGCACGCAGACUUGUCACUAGAUGCCAUCAAGGCCAAUGCUAUUGAACUCACAGCGGGGAGCGUGGACACGGUCAGCACCCAGCCCUCCCCAUCCAGUGUGAAGCCCGCCCUGACUCCCAGGCAGUGGCUUCAACACCAAAUGUCACCAUGUGCCCCAUGGUCACUCUGUGCCUCCCAGGCUCCUGCCAUCCUCAGACCCUCCCUGCUGGUCUCCACUCCCAGGCUCUACCCUGUGGGUAUUUUUCUGGAGCGACUCGUGAGCUCAGACUUGGUGCUGCAGAACUACCACAUCCCGGCAGGGACAUUGGUCCAGGUGUUCCUCUACGCACUGGGUCGCAACCCCGCCUUGUUCCCGAGGCCUGAGCGCUAUAACCCCCAGCGCUGGAUAGAGAGCAGGGUCCCCAGCAGGAGCUUCCACCACCUGGCCUUUGGCUUUGGCAUGCGGCAGUGCCUGGGGCGGCGCCUGGCAGAGGUGGAGAUGCUGCUCCUGCUGCACCACGUGCUGAAAACCUUCCUGGUGGACAUAAUAGCCAAAGAGGAUGUGAAGAUGGUCUACCGCUUCAUAUUGACGCCCUCUGCCUUGCCCCUCUUUACAUUCAGGACCAUUAACUAG